AGAUGAGCGCUGCUCCUCCUCGCGUUAGCACCACCCCUGGCCCUAUCGGAAUGCCCACUUCCUUCCCCUUCGCUUCCAUGCCCCAGGGAGCUAUCCCGGCUGCUCCUUUCAUGAUGUCCGGAGCCCCCAUGGCCUUCGCUCCUCCUCCUGGUAUGAUGAGCAUGCCCUUCCCGGCCCCCCAGCCUUUCCCCGCCAUGAUCAGCCAGCAGCAGCCGCAGUCCCAGUCGCAGCAGCCACAGCAGCCACCCAGGGGAAGCCAGCCUCCUCAGAUGAUGGGCCCUCCUCUCUUCAGCACCAUGAUGGCUCCUGCUGCCACCGCCUCCAACGGACAGUUGCUUCCUGGCGGCAUUCACCCUGAGUUCCCCCAGCUCGGACCCGUUCAGCCGUACCCCACCGCUGUUACCCCUAUGGAUGACAUGCUCCUGGCUCGUCUGAACCAGAUCCCUCCCCAGAACGAUGGACUUCCUGGAUUCCCCUACAUCGGAGCGCCUUUCAUCGGAAUCUACGAUGAGUCUAAGGUGGGAGGAGCCCAGAAGGAGUACGAGGCUCCUGCCGACUACGACGACGAAGUUCGUGGCACCCAAGUUUGAGCUCCCGAUGUGAUUCGUUGAUGUUUAUUUUAGAUUAAGAAUACAUGUUUUGAAAAACAUCAAUACAAACCAGUCAGU